AUGCCUUUGUGCGAAGACUGUUACGCGUGGGAUCUAGACAAAAAUGGCCCGUUUGGUGUCGUCCUGGGUAAAUAUGAAGAUCUUGUCACUAAAGCCGACAAUGGUUGCGAGUCUUGCAGGUUCUUCUGCUCGGUUUUACAAACAUCCGAUCGGUACAAGGACAAGCUAGACAAAUUGAGCGGGCAGAACAUAGUAUUUUGCAACAUGCGUCUAGAUGCUAGAGAGCCGGGGGUCAUCGGUAUGACCAUGUCUUCGGACGAUUUGUGUCUUGACAUGUGCGUUGCGAGUGACUACGAAGGACCACUGACCGAUAAAUUUGACUCACUCCAUGAUAUUGCAAGAAACUCGCGAGAUGACACAUGCGUGGCCAAGAUAUCUUCAUGGAUGUCGCAAUGCGCAGAACAUGAAAAUUGUCACCAGUUUGAGUCGGUCCCAUUGCCGGAGAGGAUCAUAGAGGUCGCUGCUGAUCCCAUGGUCGCUCCACGUAUUAUUGCUUCUGGCGGACAAAAGGGCGCGUACAUGAUUUUGAGUCAUCAUCACUCCACGGACUCGGCGAGCUCCAGCACCGAAAAGCUAUCCAAAGCCAGCUUGCCAGCCAAAUUGGAUAUUUCACUCUAUCCAACGGUCAUAGCCGACGCCAUUGACAUCACUCGCAGACUGGGCUAUCGGUAUCUUUGGAUAAGACAGCUUUGUCUGACGACAUGUGAAUUUUCUGCGAUGCCGGCCUUCUUCCUUGGUAUAUACGGCAGAGCAAGUCUGAUGCUUACAGCUUCUGUAAAAUCUGAGCCUAAUGUUGGACUAUUCCAUGACAGAAAUAUCGUUCAAUCUCCAGCAUUGGGAAUUGCCAAAGACAGAUAUCUCAGGCCCCGUGUGCUACGCUGGAUGACAAACAUCGAGGAAUCGCCGCUUUCCAGGCAGGGCUGGAACGUGAUUGAGAGAAUACUUGCACCGCGUAUCGUUCAUUUCACAGAUCGACAAUUAGUCUGGGAGUGUGCAUCUGGCUGUCAAUUUGAGGCAGCAAAAAUAAUUGAGAAACAACACUCCGGUCCAAGGAUGAACGGCUAUGAUAAGAAGCUUUUCCAGCAAUUCGUGGAGAGUGCACUUCUGUCGGCCUUGACUGAUAUGAGUGAAACUCCCUAUGCUGGCAAAGACGACUCUAUUGCACGGCUUGAAGCUUGGACUGAUAGUGUGAAUGCACUCUCUUGGGGAAGCUUUGAGAAUCUUUCCGACAAGCUUCUCGUUGUCGGCAAGGCCGCACUGGCCAUCAGCGACUGCAGCAUGGGAGACUACCUAGCCGGAAUUUGGAGCAAACAUGUCGCAUCUGGGCUUGCUUGGGGCCGAAUGUUCUCACCGUUGACAUCCACCUCUGAAUAUGUCGCUCCUACGUGGAGUUGGGCCAGUGUAGAUGGCCCAGUGGGGAUAGAUGAUGUUCGUGAGAGCCUUGCUUCAGAUUCAGCAUGGGUUCGAAAGUAUCAACCUGAAAUUGUUUCGCACCAUAUUCUCCAUGCUGACCCUUCGGACCCCUACGGAAAUGUUUUACCUGGAUCUCACAUUGUCCUUGAUGCGGCCUGUAUUGGGUUCAAGAGGCUAACAAGUGCACUCGAGGCUGACGACGGAUCAUUCACACUUAGACCAAUUCUUGAUCAAUCGCUGAUGUUUGAAUGCCUCUGCUGCAGACCUAGGCCGGCGGAGCUCCAAGAGGCAGAAUCUAAGAAGUUCAAUCGAGAGGUUGAUCAUCAUAUCUGUGCCGUGAUAAGGAUUGACGACUGGGCUACGAAUGGUGACAGUGCCGGGCCAUGCAUAUGCCUUAUUCUGAAAGCAUCAGACGGAGAUGAUUCUUAUAUAAGAGUCGGCCUGGAGAAAAUCGGUCGACCCAAAUCUCGCGUUUGA